UUUUAUUCAGAAAAAAUUCCUUGAAUAUCUUGUUUGAUAUGAAGUCAUUCAUCGUCUACCUAGUGAUAAAAUGUACACAAUUGCAAGACCUAAAAGUUGUAUAAAACUUUUUGGACAUGUGUGCAGAGGAAGUGCAGAUAUUACAAGCCUGUUGUAUUGAAUGACUGGCAACAAAGACAAAUGAUAGAUACUGCCAUAUCAAUUAGUAAAUGGUUUGGUAUAGUCUUCGAGUAAAUGAAUAAUUUUUUGAAGUUAUUAAUUUCAGUACAUGAAUGCUGUCAGUAUUUGGCAUUGAAGUGGGGAAAGAUAUUCUUUUGUAAUUUUGCGGAUUUUAUGAGAUAAUGUACUACAAGUUUCUACGUAGGAUAUGAAGUGCUGAAACUGCGUUUUAGUGUAACUUGGCUAGUCUUUUAUGUAGUAAAUUGAAAGUGAAAAGAAAAAUGAGUUUUUCGGAGGUUAUGUAGUCUACCCUUUUGGCAUGCCAAAUUGCUAUUGCCCUAUGUUUCAGAAUGACCACCUGCCAUUAGCAAGUAGUAAGAUCCCCCAUUGCUGUUUUAUAGGAAAAGCCUGGAGUUUGCAUUGUCUGUAUUAUAUUAUAUUAUUAAAUAAGUGAAAGAUAAAUGUUCUCUCUAGCCUGUAUGCAGACAAGUAAUAUAACUAAAAGAAUAGAAGACUUUAAUUAGUCCCUAUUUGUUUUUUGAGAAAAUGAGAGUUGCUUUGACUGUGUAAAGAUGAUAGCAAAUCAGUGUGGUCAUUUAUCUAAAUCUGGAUAAUCUCCUACAGCUUCAUUUGUUGACCUCCAGUCCACCAUCACACAUCAAAGUCAUUAUCAGUACCCAGUCUUGGUGCCUAAGAUGUCCAUUUUUCUUUUCUUUUUCUUUUUUUAACUGGGAUUGUCUUCUUGUAGUUUAUUUUAAAGAAUCAGAUGGUGGAAAUCAAAACCUUCAACUUUGUGUACUGUGCAUUGUCUUCUUUUAUUCUUUUGUUUAGUAAUUUUGUUGUAGUUUCAACAUUCCUUUUGUGUCUUUUUUUGUUUGGUUCAUUUUGGCUUCUAAUACACCAGAGAAAUAUUUUGGUAUUACGGAGCAGUUCCUUUGCUGAUGAUCCAGGCCCUCAUGAGAAGUGUUGUGAUAUCUGUGGUGACAUAGGUGUCAGUGAUGCAAUUCAAACUUGCCCUCAAUGCAAAAUUUCUUGUGAACACAUUUACUGCAUGCGUGGCUCUGUGGUGAUGCUUUCUCCAAAAGAUUGGUGCUGCGAUGAUUGUCUUCUCAGCAUUAAAAUGCUGUCAUCAACAUCUGGCUUUAUGGAAGACUUGGUUUGCAGGUCGCAAUUCGGAACGGCUAGCAGGCUGCACAAAAGUUCUCAACCUAACAAGCAACCUUGUGAUUUGAGGCAGAAUGGGAUUGACAAGAAGAUCCCUCAUGGAAAAGUGAAGUAUAUGCAUGUUGAAGAAGUUAUUAUGCUAUCAUCGGGAGCUAAGAAAUCUAAUUCCCCCGUUAAGUCCAAGUCCACAUGCAGCACCAAACCAGUAUCCUGGAAGAAUGGAGCCUCUGCUUUGGAUAGAACUCCUGUCAAGCCAAAAGCUAUACCUGCAGAGUCUUCAAUACACAUAGUUAGAGCAAAUCCUUCUUUCGUAACCUCAAAACAGUUGAAAGCAGUAAGACCUAACAACUCCCAGUUGAAUACGGUGCCUGGGCAGCAUGUUCCACAAUCUUUCAAAGGACUAAGAGAAACAGGUGCUAUUCAGGCUUCUUUGAAGGGACAAAUGCAGAAGGAACAGCCUAAGGAUACUUUUAAGGAUAAAGGAGAAAUUAGGGUGGGAAAGGCAAUCACGAAAGCAGUCUCUGCUUCUUCACCAGCGACAUGUGGUCAAGCAAGUGUAAACUUAGAAACAGGUCCUUUGCAGGCUUCCUUGAAGGGAGAACUGCAGAAGGAACAGCCUAAGGAUACUUCUAAGUAUAAAGCAGAAAUUAGGGUGGAGAAGGAAAUUAUCAAAACAGUCUCUGCAUCUUCACCAGUGGCAUGUGGUCAAGCAAGUGUUAAUUCAGGUGGUGAUGUUUUCCUCAAUCUGGAGCUUGAGAAGACUGAUUCUAGGACCGCUGAUCCAAUUGGUAUCUUUCCCGAGGUCAGGAAAUGCUCAAGUGGUCCUGCUUUAGAUGCUACCUGGAAAGGACGCUUGAAGAUUUAUAAUGAUCCUGAACAUGGGGAAAUGAAUGGAGUUCAAGCUUAUCCUCCUUCCAGAGUCCUUAGAAAGGUGUAUGAAUUUUCAAAGCAUAUGCCUGAAAUUCUUGGGUUUGAAUUGAUUCCACGGGGGGAUCUUUGGCCAAACUUGUUCCAGAAUUACUGUCUUGACAGAAGAGAUAUUGGACUGUACUUCUUUCCCGGUUUUAUUGAGAGGUGUGAGAGCUAUUUCUCAUUGCUAGAAGCCAUGGAAGCAGGGGACUUAGCAAUGCGAAACCUAAUGGAUGGGAUUGAGCUGUUAAUAUUUACAUCUAAAGUCUUGAGCUUUGACUGCCAAGAAUGGAAUGGGAGACACUUUCUAUGGGGAGUUUUUCAUUCCUUGAAAAAAGCUAAAAGACAUGCAUGUCAGGUUGAUGGUGCUUAUGAAUUUCCUGGUGAAUGGAACAGCAAUCAGGACAUUGACAUGGACGUUGACAUGAUGGCUGGGGAAGAGGUUGGAAGAAUUGAUGUUGCUGUUCCUAGGGCAUCUCUUCAGCUGGUACCGCUGGCAACAGAUAUUAUUGCUGCCUCUGUCGCAGCAUCUGAUGACAUGGAAAUAGACAUGGUGGGUGGGGAAGAGGUGGGAAAAAUGGAUGUUAUUAUUUCAAGACAAUGUGAAGAGGUGCUGCCACUGGCAGUGGAUCCUACUAAUUCAAGCGAAGCAGGCAUAGAAAUUCCUCCUGGUUUUGAAAACAAAUCAAGGCCUGUGAAAAUUGAAAGACCUGUUCAGGUGCUACCAUUGCCAGUGAAUGUUGCUGAUUCAGGGCAUAACAUAAUGAAAAAUCAUUCAUCUAACAACUUUUCCAAGCCAGCUGCAUCCCAGAGAUUGGAUACUGGUUGCUUUCAGCUUCCUUUGAAUGCAAAAUCUGAGCUCUGAUAGAACUUUGAAGUGGAUAUUUUCAUUGUUGCAGGUAGAUAUGCUUUGCGGUCUUCUUGUUGAGCCCAAAUUUAUAGUUGAGGUCCUUUUGUUGGAAAAAGAAUAGUCUGUAUAUACAAUUUCAAAUCAGAGUCGUGUUCUAGAGUGGCUGUGAAGAUAGAUAGAUGCAUGUUGGUGUAGAAUGUAAAAGUGGCUGCAGGUUGAUUACAUGAAAAACAGCUUCUACCAAAAAUGAAGAUUAUUGUUCGCUACCUGUCAA